GCCGCUUCGUCCAUUUUCGCGUAGCCGCACAUGGUGCCACACCGGUCGUACGCCUUUAGCCUCUUCGUUUGAGGGUUUUUUUUUGAUCCUUUGUAGCGACCUGUCCAAUACGGAUUCCUGUUAAAUGCAAGAAACGGUGGAUAUGGUGGACGAUCCCGAGUAUGAAGAGGAGGAACCUUCCUUCAGCGACCCGGAGGACUUCAUCGACGACGUCGAGGACGAGGAGCUCCUCGAGGACAUCUUGAGGGAGAAGCCUCAGGAGGCCGAUGGCAUUGACUCGGUGGUGGUCGUGGACAACGUUCCUCAGGUGGGCCCAGAACGUCUGGAGAAGCUCAAGAACGUCAUAAACAAGAUUUUCUCCAAGUUUGGGAAAAUCACCACAGAGUUCUACCCAGAGGCCGACGGUUUGACUAAAGGGUACAUCUUCCUGGAGUAUGCAUCUCCGUCUCAGGCCCUGGAUGCAGUGAAGAAUGCAGAUGGUUACAAACUGGACAAACAGCACACGUUCAGAGUCAACCUUUUCACUGACUUUGACAAAUACAUGAACAUCAGUGAUGAGUGGGAGACUCCAGAGAAGCAGCCGUUCAAGGACUUUGGCAACAUGCGCCACUGGAUCGAGGACCAGGACUGUCGUGACCAGUACAGUGUGAUCUACGAAGCCGGGGAGAGGACCGCCAUCUUUUCAAAUGAUUCUAAAGAACCAAUCGUCUCUGAAGAGAGAGCACGUUGGACGGAGACGUACGUGCGCUGGUCUCCCAAAGGCACCUAUCUGGCCACGUUCCAUCAACGUGGUAUUGCAUUGUGGGGCGGUGAGAAGUUCAAACAGAUUCAGAGGUUCAGCCACCUGGGUGUGACGCACAUCGACUUCUCACCGUGCGAGAGGUACGUGGUGACCUUUAGUCCACUGAUCGACAAGAAGGAGGACCCUCAGGCCAUCAUCAUCUGGGACAUUCUGACUGGACAGAAGAAGAGAGGCUUCCACUCUGAGAGCUCUGCUCACUGGCCCAUUUUCAAGUGGAGCCACGAUGGGAAGUUCUUCGCCAGGAUGUCCACGGACACGCUGAGCAUCUAUGAAACUCCUUCCAUGGGUUUACUGGACAAGAAGAGUCUGAAGAUUAACGGCAUCAAUGACUUCUCAUGGUCCCCCGGUGACAACAUCCUUGCCUUCUGGGUCCCUGAGGACAAAGACAUCCCAGCCAGAGUGACUCUGAUGCAGCUGCCUUCUCGCCAAGAAAUCCGAGUCCGUAACCUGUUCAACGUGGUGGAGUGCAAGCUGCACUGGCAGAGGAACGGAGAUUACCUGUGUGUGAAGGUGGACAGGACUCCUAAAGGAACACAGGGCGUGGUCACCAACUUUGAAAUUUUCCGCAUGAGGGAAAAGCAGGUUCCUGUGGAUGUGGUGGAGAUGAAAGAAAGCAUCAUCGCUUUCGCCUGGGAACCGAACGGCAGCAAGUUUGCCGUCCUCCACGGAGAGUCUCCCAGGAUCAGUGCUUCCUUCUACUACGUCAAGAACAACGGCAAGAUCGAGCUUCAGAAGAUGUUUGACAAGCAGCAGGCCAACAGUAUCUUCUGGAGCCCACAGGGACAGUUCUUGGUGCUGGCUGGACUCAGGAGUUUGAACGGAGCUCUGGCCUUCGUGGACACGUCAGACUGCACCUUGAUGAACAUAGCCGAGCACUACAUGGCCUCGGACGUGGAGUGGGACCCCACCGGACGCUACGUGGUCACCUCCGUCUCCUGGGGGAGCCACAAGGUGGACAACGCCUACUGGCUGUGGACGUUCCAGGGUCGUCUCCUGCAGAAGAACAACAAAGACCGUUUCUGUCAGCUGCUGUGGAGGCCCAGGCCCCCCUCCCUCCUCAGUUCAGAACAGAUCAAGAAUAUCAAGAAGGAUCUGAAGAAGUACUCCAAGAUCUUUGAGCAGAAGGAUCGUCUGAGCCAGUCCAAGGCCUCCAAGGAACUUGUGGACAAGCGCAGAGCCAUGAUGGACGACUAUCGUCGCUACAGGGAGACAGCGCAGGAGAAGUACCUGGAACAGAAGAGUGUUCGCCUGGAGCUCAGAGGAGGAGUGGACACCGACGAGCUGGACAGUAACGUGGACGACUGGGAGGAGGAAACUAUUGAGUUUUUUAUCAACGAAGAAAUCAUUGCCCUCGGAGACCUGUAGUCCUCUACACAGUCGUUCCAUUUUUGUGUGAAAGGAGGAGAUUGGAAUUGUGUCGUUGAUUGGAGAAGGACAAGGACCACGCUGUGAAUCUCUGGGGUUGACCUCUGGUGACACAUUAGCCACAUCGAGACGACUGACGGAUCAACACCCACUUCAGAGGAGAGCGGAUAUUUUAUAUUCAAUAUUUCAAUAUUACAGUUUACCUCACCAUCAUCUGUGGAACAUCAUCAUCCAUAUUUACAGUCAAACAACCUUGUUUUUUUUUUUAUAUAUAUAUAUACAAUAAUUGGACUCACUGUGUCGGACCUUUCUUACUGAACUAGCCUCACCAUGCUAGUGUGCCAUCACCACAGGGCAGAACACGGUGCCGUACCAGGAGGUGGCAGCAGUGGUGGUGUUGUGAUGAAACAAAACGCUUCGUUAAUAAACGUGUCGAUGUGGCACUACAGCGGCCUCUAUCCUCCUCCAUUCAGAAUAGGCUUUCACACAGGGAGGGGUCGAGUGGUGGGAAUAAGUUUAAAUAAACAUCUAAGCUCCGUA